UCCAGCUCUCCUCCCCUCCUGCGCGACAGACAGCCAGACAGACAGCUACAGACAGACAGACAGCCACUCUCUCGAUAACAGCCCGUAAGUGCUGCCAUGACUCUCACCUCGGAGGGAAACACGAGUUGAAAAGAAAGUUGUAGUUUUUUGUCUCCGACGUCGGGUCCAACUGACGCUCAGCGGGGACGUUUGUUCGCGGGAAGGGGGACACCGCCGUCCGAGUGAGGGGGAGCGGGGCUACACGUUACACCAAAAUGGCAACUCCUUAUGUGGAAGAUGAGUCCGUGUACAGAGACUCUCUGGGUCACGAUGAUCCGAACCAGGGUCUGUCAUUUCAACCCAACAUUGCAAUUAUGUCUCAGUUUGACAAACCUGCGGAGGAAUCGAGGAAGUACAUUGCUGCCACUCAGCGACCCGAUGGGACCUGGAGGAAGCCGAGGAGGGUGAAGGAUGGUUAUGUCCCCCAGGAAGAAGUACCAGUAUAUGAAAACAAGUAUGUGAAGUUUUUCAAGAGCAAACCGGACCUGCCGCCCGGCAUGAAUCCGUCCGAGGGAGCUCAGCCAAAGCAGCAGCAGAAGAUUCCCGGUUGCGGGGACAGCGACGCCGCCGGCCUCUCGAAGUCUGCCAAGCGCAACAUGAAACGCAAAGAAAAGCGAAAACAGCAGCAGCACCAGGACGGAGACGGGGACGCGGACGUGGACUCGGUGAGCGACGCCGUCGAGAACGUGUCCAUUUCAGAAGCUCUCGAGUCGAACAAGACGGCGGCGCCGGUCUCCGUCUCGCCCGCCGAUGACUCCUCAGCAGCCGAAAAGGCCAAAAAGAUCAAAAACCUGAAAAAGAAGCUGCGACAAGUGGAGGAUCUGCGGCAGAAAGUGGACUCGGGGGAAAUAAAAGAGCCAACAAAGGAUCAGUUGGAAAAGCUGGGUCGGGCGCUCGCCAUAGAAGAGGAGUUACGGCAACUCGAGCGUGAAUCUUGAAGCACUAAAGGGAAGCGGAAGGGUUGGACAGACUAAACAUACAAACUACAUACUGAAAGACAGGGAAGGGACCUUUUGCAGCCAUGUGAUCAUAGCUUCCAUUAAACAUAUUUUGCCUAUUUGAUAUCCAUUAUGAACUCUGGAGGUGAACACGGUCCCGGCGCCUUUCAAGCUGAGAAACGACAGGACGUCUGACGUAAGCAGGGCGCCGCAUCUUCAGAACUGACGAGCCUGAGUUUUCUAGAUCCAGAUCUCUAAAUAAUGUUGGGACUCCUGCUCAUGGACUUGCAUUGGCCAGACCACUCAUUUAUAAAUAUCUUUUAAAGACAUGAUGAAUUGUUUUGUGCGUGUCUGUCCUCUCCGUUUUGUACCUUUCAUGGCAUCAGGUAUUACACAUAAAAUGGAAAAAGUGUUUUCUGUUUAAGAGAAUAUAGUUUGUUGACGUGUCUGCUUUAAGAAUUAACACAAUGUUUUUGUCAAUGAUUGGAUGAUUUCUUGUAGUCGCACUAAUGUUGAGCCACUGUCUAUACAGUCAUUACAUUAAUUAAAACUACAUGCUGCA